AUGCUUUGGGAAGAGUUAAAGCACAUUGGCAGAAAUAUGAAUGAUCCUUGGAUUUUAUCUGGGGAUUUCAAUGAAAUUGCUCUGGCUUCAAAAAAGAGAGGAGGAGGAACUGUGGAUGUGAACAGGUGCAACAAUUUUGCUAAUAUCCUGAGUGUUUGUGGGGUGAUGGAUUUGGGGGGAGGAGGUAACAGAUUUACUUGGAAAGGUCCAAAAUCCCUGCACUUAGAUAGAGUGUAUAAAAGACUGGACAGAGCUGUAGCUAAUGAUGUCUGGAGAUCCUCUUUUGAGGAAGCUGAUGUGCUAGUUCUUCCUAGACUCUUCUCGGAUCACUACCCAAUUCUGAUUAGAAUGGAAAAAGAAGAUUCUGAUUGGAGGGAGAGGCCAUUUAGAUUCUUGGCUACUUGGCAGAAUGAUGCUAGAUUCACUUCCUUCCUAAAAGCUAAUUGGGAUUCGUCUGCUGGUUUGUUGGAUAGCUUAAACUCUCUUGUUCCUAUGUUAAAGGAGUGGAAUAUGAGUGUUUUUGGGUUUACUCAGCAUAGGAAAAAUAAAGCUAUAGCUAGAAUGGAAGGCAUACAAAGACAACUUAGUUCCUCAAAUAGCUCCCAACUUGAAAAAUUGGAAGCUAAGUUGAGAAAAGAGCUUUCUGACAUCCUUGAUCAGGAGGAGCAAAUAUGGUACCAGAAGUCUAGGAGUGAAUGGAUAAGAGGAGGGGACAGAAAUACUAAGGAGGAUCUAAUUGAUCUUGCUAGAGGAUUCUUCCAGAACCUUUUUAAGGAAAUUUCUAACGAGCCUGUUUGGUUCCAAACAAAUAAUUCCUGGCCUGCUAUCAGCGAGGAUCAAAUGGGUAACCUGUCUAUGGCUAUUUCUCUUGAGGAAGUUUAUAUGCAGCAUCCUGAUCAGAUUGUUGAAGUGAACCACACUCUUAUUGUACUAGUACCCAAAGUUGAAAGACCUUGUUUGAUUAAGCAAUUCAGACCAAUAGCCGUUCGUAAUUCUGGUUAUAAGGGUUUGAGCAAAAUUAUUGCUAACAAAAUCAAACCUCUUCUGGGGGAGCUUAUAUCCCCAAAUCAGAUCGAUUUAGAAAAGGCUUAUGACAAGCUCAAUUGGAAUUUUAUCAGAACAGUUUUGGAGGAAUUGAAAUUUUCAAGGGAAAUGGUUGAAGCUAUAAUGGGUUAUGUGAUAGGUCCUGUUUUAGAGGUUUUGUGGAAUGGAGCUAGAACCACCAGUUUUCAAUCUCAUAGGGAAAUUAGGCAAGGGGACCCACUAUCCUCUUACCUUUUUGUUCUUUGUAUGGAGAAGUUAACUCACUUAAUCAUGGAUGAAGUGGAGGUGAAAAAUUGGCAACCAAUUAGAACUGGCAGAUCUGGUCCCCCCAUCUCACAUCUUAUGUUUGCUGAUGACAUCAUCCUUUUUGCUGAAGCUUCUCUAAGCCAACUUAAUUGUAUUGCUCAUUGCCUCGAAAAGUUCUCAAAGAUGUCAGGACAGUGUGUAAGUAUAGGAAAAUCCUGCAUCUACUUUUCCAAAAAUACUCCUGAGGAGGCUGUGAAGUCCAUUACUGAAAUUAGUGGGUUCAAAAAUAUUAAUAACCUUGGCUGUUACUUGGGAGCUAUGAUGAGACAUGGGAGAAUAAACAAGAACCAUUAUGCUACUGUUAUUUCCAGAGUUCAGGAUAGGCUACUAGGUUGGAAAUCAAAAUGUCUCUCUCUGGCGGGUAGAGUCACUUUAGCUAAAAGUGUAAUUUCAGCCAUUUCUUGUUACCACAUGCAGAAAAAUACCCUCCCAGUGCAUGUUUGCCAAGACAUUGAGAAGUUGCAAAGGAAUUUUAUCUCGGGAGAUCUGGAUUCUAAAAGGAAAGCUCAUUACGUAGCCUGGGAGCAUAUGUGUCAGCCUAAGGAUUGUGGAGGUCUUGGCAUCAUUAACCUCAGGAUUCAGAAUGAAGCUUUUAUACAGAAGCUGGCUUGGCAGCUAAUUAGAGACCGAAAUAGUUUAUGGGUUAAAGUUCUGAUUGGCAAAUAUGGUAGGAACCAUGAUCUUAACCGUAGCUUGCUAGCUAAAAUGUAUGACUCUAAUCCGUGGAAGAAUAUUUGCAUAGCUAGAAGUAAGAUGACCAAGCAGCUUGAAUGGGUGAUAGAGAAUGGGUCUUGCACCCCUUUGGAAGCUGAAUUAUGGGGUAUACUUCAUGGCCUUAAACUAGCUGGUGCGCUGAAACUACCUACUGUCUGGCUUGGUUGUGACAGCAAAGAGGCCAUUCACUGCACAGAAGCUAAAGCUGAUCCAUGCGGUUUCAAUGCUUGCAUUGUGGAAGAGGUACAAGGUUUCAUAAGGGGUAUCUGGAUUCUAUGGAAAAAAAAUAAUUGUGAAGUUACAAUUCUGGAACAAGCCAAACAAAUUAUCCGUGUCAAAAUUGCCUUUCCUGACAAAGAACCUUUUGUUUGCAUGUUCAUUUACGCAAAUCCAAGAGAAAAGGUUAGAUGCAUCUUGUGGCAGGAUCUUCGUUGCAUCUCUGAAACCAUGGAAGACCCUUGGCUGAUUGCAAGUGAUUUUAACGAAAUAGCCUUUCCCUUUGAGAAAGGGGAAGUGAAAUUUGUGUAG